CUGGUGCAGGAGCUGCAGGCUUCAUGUGCCGCUUAGGCGCCUCCCCGUCCCUCUAAAGUCCAUUAUAAUGCAACCAGCCCGCCUUUUAAGCACAAACCGAAUUUGCUUUCAUUUAGGCCCAUCUAGAUUUCCUAAAUAGGUUAAAGAAGGCAUAGAGAGGUGUGCGCGUGCGUGCGUGUGUGUGCACGUGUGUGCUUUUUCCCCUCCUCUCGCCCCCUGUGUGUGUGUGUUUUUUUUCCGGGGUUGGUAGUAGUACUGUAGUAGUGCUGUACUGUAGUAACAGCGGUGAGCGAUGCUCUCUCACGCCGACCUCCUGGAUGCUCGCCUCGGUGAGUUGUCCUCGCCCAACUCGGCUCUUCAACUCUGCUGGAUGAAGGAUGCUGCGGAGCUUCUGGGUCACAGGGAGGCUUUAAAGUGCAGACUCGGCACCGGUGGACCGGAUCCGGGUCACCCCGGGGAGCUGGGCCCGGGCCAUGACGGCGUGGAGGGGGCCACUUUGCUCCCGGGUGAGGACAUCAGCUCCAGCGGAGGAGGAGGAGGAGGCUCGAACCCGGGCCAGGUGACCAGCAGCAAGGAGCAGGAGAAGCAGCAGAACAGCAGCGGCAGCAACCAGCAGUCCGGAGGAGGGCAGCAGGCCCAGAAACAGAAGCGACACCGGACUCGCUUCACUCCCGCUCAGCUCAACGAGCUGGAGAGGAGCUUCGCCAAGACCCACUACCCGGACAUCUUCAUGCGCGAGGAGCUGGCCCUGAGGAUCGGACUCACCGAGUCCAGAGUGCAGGUGUGGUUUCAGAACCGCCGUGCCAAGUGGAAGAAGCGCAAGAAGACCACCAACGUGUUCCGGGCCCCGGGAACCCUGCUGCCGACGCACCACGGCCUGCCCCAGUUCCCCUCCGCGGCGGCGGCCGCAGCGGCGGCCAUGGGCGACAGCCUGUGCUCCUUCCACGCCAACGACGGCCGCUGGGCUACGGCCGGAAUGGCCGGCGUGUCUCAGCUGCAGCUGCCGCCCGCCCUGGGCCGCCAGCCGUCCAUGGCCCAGUCCCUGUCGCAGUGCAGCCUGGGCGCCGGCCCGCCUCCCCCCAACUCCAUGGGGUUGUCCAACAUGUCGUCCAACGGCUCCGGGCUGCAGUCUCACCUGUACCAGCCCACCUUCCCCGGCAUGGUGCCCGCAUCGCUGCCCGGGCAGACCAACGUGGGCGGCUCGCCGCAGCUGUGCACGUCCCCGGACAGUGACGUCUGGAGGGGGACCAGCAUCGCCUCGCUGCGCCGCAAAGCUCUGGAGCACACAGUCUCCAUGAGCUUCACCUAAUCGCUUCUUAACCUCCGCAUCUUGUAUUUAUUAUCAUUUCUUAUUUAUGCUUUUUUUUCCUUUGCGACCUCCCAUGACGGAGCAAUCAGACAAGGCGGGAACUCCUCUCGGUUUCAUUCCUCCAUCCGGCAUGGCGGUUAUUUAUUUACCUUGAUCCGAAUUAACUUGCUCUCUCCACGCAGCUCUGCCUCCAUUGUUGCAGGACUGAUGAUGAUGAUGAUGGUGGUGGUGCACAGUGGACAUUCUGACAGCAUGGAGGAAAGAAAAAGACUGUAAGUGCUGUCUUUCUUGACUCGCUCAUGAGGGGAACACAAUAAAAGAGAAGAAGACAAUGAAUUGGAAUCCGCAUAUAGGACAUUUUGGUGUCACUUUUACGUCUUUAUGAUGAGCACAUUUUUCGGAAAUGUUCUGAGCCAUUUUUUUCCUUUCGUCUUUAUA